GACAUAGCUCCCCAAAUCAACACAGACUGUGGAAACUUCACACUGAACUUCAAGCAUCUUGCAGUGUGUGCAUCUCCAUUCUUCCUCCAGACUCUGGGUCCUUGGUUUCCAAAUGAGAUGCAAAAGUUGCUCUCAUCAGAAAAGAGGACUUUGGACCACUGAGCAACAGACCAGAUCUGUUUUUCUUUAGCCCAGGUGUAUUUGUCAGGAGAGGUGACAAGAACAGAAAUACAUGAAGCAAAGCUAUGAAGAAAUCUAUUAACAUAACCAAUUCUAACUCUGAAAAAUCAAGCAUUUUGUCAGAUUCCUGUAUGUUCUCAAAGGAGAUAGUAAACAUAAACCCCACUCACAUAGGAGAGAAGCCUUUCUCAUGUUCUGUAUGUGGAAAUGGUUUUGGGCAACAUUCAAAUCUAGUUAGACAUCAGAGAACUCACACAGGAGAGAAGCCUUUCUUAUGUAGUAAAUGUGGGAAAUGUUUUGCCAGGAAAGGAGAACUUGUCCGUCAUCAGAGAAUUCACACAGGAGAGAAACUGUUCUCAUGUUCUGAAUGUGAAAAAUGUUUUGUGAAAAAGGCACAUCUUGUCCGUCAUCAGAGAAAACAUACAGGAGAUAAACCAUUCUCAUGUUCUGAGUGUGAAAAAUGUUUUUUCACAAAUGCAGAGCUGGUCAGUCAUCAGAGAAUUCACACAGGAGAGAAACCGUUCUCAUGUUCUGAAUGUGAAAAAAGUUUUGGGCGAUAUUCAAAUCUUGUCAGUCAUCAGAGAACACACACACAAGAGAAACCUUUCUCGUGUUCUGAAUGUGGAAAAUGUUUUAGACGUAAUUCGGAUUGUGUUAGCCAUCAGAGAACCCACACAGGAGAGAAACCGUUCUCAUGUUCUGAAUGUGGAAAAUGUUUUAUCACUAAAGCAGUGCUUGUCUGUCAUCAGAGAACUCACACAGGAGAGAAACCGUUCUCAUGUUCUGUAUGUGGAAAUUGUUUUGGGCAACAUUCAACUCUUGUUAGACAUCAGAGAACACACACAGGAGAGAAGCCUUUCUUAUGUACUAAAUGUGGGAAAUGUUUUGCCGGGAAAGGACAACUUGCCCUUCAUCAGAGAACUCACACAGGAGAGAAACCAUUUUCAUGUUCUGAAUGUGGAAAAUGCUUUAUCAUAAAUGCAGAGCUUGUCCGUCAUCAAAGAAUUCACACAGGAGAGAAACCGUUCUCAUGUUCUGAAUGUGAAAAAUGUUUUGGGCGACAUUCAAAUCUUGUCAGUCAUCAGAGAACACACACACGAGAGAAACCAUUCUCAUGUUCUGAAUGUGGAAAAUGUUUUUACACAAAUGCAGAGCUAGUUUGUCAUCAAAGGACACACACAGGAGAGAAACUGUUCUCAUGUUCUGAAUGUGAAAAAUGUUUUGUCAAAAAGGCACAGCUUGUCCGUCAUCAGCAAACUCACACAGGAGAGAAGCCAUUCUUUUGUUCUGAAUGUGAAAAACGUUUUGUCACAAAUGUAGAACUUGUCAGUCAUCAGAGAACUCACACAGGAGAGAAACCAUUCUUAUGUUUUGAAUGUGAAAAAUGUUUUGUCAAAAAGGCACAGCUUGUCAGUCAUCAUAGAACUCACACAGGAGAGAAACCAUUCUCAUGUUCUGAAUGUGAAAAAUGUUUUGUCACAAAUGCACAUCUUGUCCGUCAUCAGAGAACACACACAGGAGAGAAACUUUUCACAUGUUCUGAAUGUGAAAAAUGUUUUGGGACAAAUGCAGAGCUUGUCCGUCAUCAGAGAACACACACAGGAGAGAAACCGUUCUCAUGUUCUGAAUGUAAAAAAUGUUUUGGGCGACAUUCAAAUCUUGUCAGUCAUCAGAGAACACACACACGAGAGAAACCGUUCUCAUGUUCUGAAUGUGAAAAAUGUUUUUACACAAAUGCAGAGCUAGUUCGUCAUCAAAGAACACACACAGGAGAGAAACUGUUCUCAUGUUCUGAAUGUGAAAAAUGUUUUGUCAAAAAGGCACAGCUUGUCCGUCAUCAGAGAAAACAUACAGGAGAUAAACCAUUCUUAUGUUCUGAAUGUGAAAAAUGUUUUGUCACAAAUGCAGAGCUGGUCAGUCAUCAGAGAACUCACACAGGAGAGAAACCGUUCUCAUGUUCUGAAUGUGAAAAAUGUUUUGGGCAACAUUCAAAUCUUGUCCGUCAUCAGAGAACUCACACAGGAGAGAAACCGUUCUCAUGUUCUGAAUGUGGAAAUUGUUUUGGGCACCAUUCAAGUCUUGUUAGACAUCAGAAAACUCACACAGGAGAGAAGCCUUUCUUAUGUAGUAAAUGUGGGAAAUGUUUUGCCAGUGAAUCAGAGCUUGUCCGUCAUCAGAGAACUCACACAAGUGAGGUGAUAUUAUAAUGCAUCUAUGGAUUAAUAUAGAAAUCAAAUCUUGAAUUGUGAUUUUUCUCAGGCUCGCACAACAAAUAUUAACUUUGAUAGUAGCACUCACAAUAAAUGUAUUUACAAAUUAUUCAUACCAAGAAGAAUAUGAACUGGAACUGGAAUAGGAGACCAG